UACUACGGACCUGUGUCAGCUCUGCUCUUUUUCUUCUAUCUUGCUAUUGCAAUAGGAAAUAUUUUCAUUUUAACAUUUGUUGUCCAGGUGAAGUCCCUGCAAAAACCCACAUAUCUGGUCUUUUGUCACCUGGCACUGAAUGACUUAACAUUUGGCACUUUGACUCUCCCGAAGAUCAUAUCAAAAUUCUGGUUUGGUGAUAGCAUCAUUUCAUUUUAUGGGUGCUUUACACAGAUGUUCUUUGUUCAUUAUUUAGGAUCAGUAACUUCUUUCAUCUUGUUGGUAAUGGCUCUCGAUCGCUUUGUUGCAAUAUGUAUUCCACUGCAUUAUCCUGUCCUAAUCUCAAACAACAACAUAUCUGUGCUCUGUGGGUUUGCUUGGUUCAUCCCUCUGCCUUUGAUGUUGACCACUGUAAUCUAUGCCCUCACUUUACCUUUCUGUAAAUCAAAUGUCAUUGCUCAGUGCUACUGCGACCACAUUUCUAUAACGAGCCAGGCAUGUGGUGAGAAUGUUGAAAUUGUACAGGUCACUGCUCUCUGUAUGGCCAUGUUUUGUCUCUUGCUUCCUCUUGCAUUCAUCUUGUUUUCUUACAUCUCUAUCUUUGUGGUUAUUUUGAAAAUGUCCAAUGCUGCAGGCCGCAGGAGAACCUUAUCAACUUGCACCCCACAACUUUUCAUCACUUGCCUCUUUUACCUUCCCAGGUGUUUUGUUUAUGUAGCCAAUACUGUUGGAUUUUCUUUCAGUUUAGAUGUGCGUAUUCUAUUGAUAUUGUUGUACAGUCUUUUCCCUGCUGCUGUUAAUCCCAUCAUAUAUUGUUUCAAGACUCAAGAUAUCAAGCAGACUUUGAUAAAGAAAAUGAAAACAACUAGGAUUGGAAUAGAGAUAAAACUUUCAUUCUUAUAA